CGGCUGGCGGCAACUACACUUGUGUUGCUCUGAGAACAGACUGUUUCGGUGAGUUGUCCAAUAACGCAUUUUGAGACAAUGGCUGAGGGCGGAUCCGAUGAACGCUACGAGUUUGAUGCCCCGUCUCAUGUGGUGGACUUCGUAGAUCUGGAGAAUGACGAGAGCGAGGACGUGUGGUUUGAACAACAGGCUGGAGGAGCAGUUGACAACCUUAAAACUCCUCUGAGACCCAACCAAGGCUUUAGGAGAAGCCACGCGGUGGACCUGCCUAGAGCCAUCGUGACCCCUCAAGUCAAGACAGAAGAGGACCCUGGUCCUAUUGAAUCCGAAUCUCCACCUCCAAACGUGGUCACAUCCUGGGGUGCUGGAUCUCCUGCUCGGACUGGUGCAAGACCAAAGAGGGCCGCUAACCAGCCCCCUGCCCAACCACGCAGGGUUUCAAAACGUAAAGAGAUGACUAGUGGUCCGGCUAAAGAACCAUCAAAGAAACGCAAAAAAACUCCUCCUGUUGCCCGAAGAUCCAGAAGCGUCCUCCACAGCAAGGUGCCACAGAACACCAGGGCAGUGCCCAAGACCCGGCCAGCAGCUUCCUCUACUGCAAACACAGACUCUGAAGAACAGGAGCUGGAGCUCAUCAGGAACCUCCAGAGGGAAGUGGCUCUGCAUCGCAGGCAGAACGAGGCCAGCUACAAGGCUGCUCUGGCUGGCAAUCCACCACCAAAGAAGAUGGUCCUGGCAGCCACUGUGCCCAAAGAGUUCCAAUUCAACACCAACGCCCGUGUCAAGGCGACCACUUCCUCAAACGCAGCCCGCAAGGAGGUGGACCAAAUCAAUCAGCCCUGCAAACCCUCCUCCCCAGGAAAGGCUUUGAGAGGCGCCACCGUGCCGAAACCCUUCAACCUGUCGACCGGCAACAAGAGAGAGGUAGAGGAGUUGGCUGCAUACGUGCCCUUGGCUCAGCAGGUCGAGCAGUACCAGAAACGAACCCCCGACCGCUACCAUCUGCGAAGUCGCAGGAGUCAAGAGAGAGGGCCAGGAGCAGUGAAGGGUGGUAAGCUGAAGCUCACCCAGCCUCACACUCCUCAACUGAUGACUCGCCAGAGGAGCCGGCCAACCAACGUGAAGAGCAGUGCCGACCUGGAGGCUGAAGAGUUGGAAAAGCUCCACAAGUUUAAGUUCAAUGCCUUGGCGCUGAACAGGAAAAUUCUGGAGAGCGCCGAGCACCUAAAGAGGCCAGCAGUGAAGGAACCCACUGUACCCGAAGGCUUCGAGCUGCAGAUAGAGAAACGUCUCCAUGAGAGACAGGCCAGCAAGCAGAAUCAGGAAGGGGAGGAGAGGGCGCACGCCUUCAAAGCCCAGCGGCUGCCCAAAAGGAUCCUGGAAGGAGUCGUGGGAUUGCCAGAGAAGAAAGUUCUGCAUCCAACUGUGCCAGAGUCUCCAGCUUUUGCCCUCAAGAAGAGGAUUCGUAUAGAGAAGGUGGAGGAGGUCAGACAGCCCUCACCCAUCAAGGCCCCCCCAGUGCCUCAUUUUGGCCUCCCCUUCCAGCCCCAGCUGCAAGAGAACCACCAAGUGGAAGUCUGUCCCUUCUCCUUUGAGGAGCGGGACCAAGAGAGGAGGGCGCUGAAAGAGAAGCGGCUGCAGGAGAUGAAAAAUGAAGAGGUACCGCAGUUCAAGGCCCAGCCUAUGCCCGCCUUCGACGCUGUGCUCCUCCCCGAGAAGAAGAAGCUGGAGACCACGAAGCCCGAGCCCUUCAGACUGCUACUGGAUGAACGGGGCGCUGUGAAGAGCACUCGCUGGGAGCAGAUGGUGAAGGAAGAGAAUAAACGAGAGGAAGCGGCAGUAUUCAAAGCCAGGCCCAACACAGUCACUCAUAAAGAGCCUUUCCAGCCCAAAAAGGAGGCCCGGGCUGCAGUUGUUGUAGAGGCCUUCGAGCUGUCGACAGAGCGUCGGGCCACAGAGCGGCAAGAAUACGAGCGGCAGGCCAGUGAGAAGGAGGCUCUCAGGAGGCUCAUGGAGGAGCAGCAGAGACAAGAGCAGGAGCUGAAGGAGAAGGAGGAGAUCGCACAGCUGCGUCAAGAACAGGUUCACGCUGCUCAGCCCAUCAGACACUACAAACCUGUAGCCGUGAAGAAGAGCGAGGUUCCUCUCACAGUCCCCCACUCGCCCAACUUCUCUGACCGCUUCCGCUUGUGAUCAGCCUUCUUCACUCCACUCUGUAGAGAUCUGCAUAUUUUAAGCCUUCAGAUGUUUUGUUUUUUUGUUUUUUUAAUCAUUCUCAAAUAAUUUCUUUCAAUCUUUCUUGUUGCUUGUCUGUAGAAUCGAUGUGUAUUUGAAGCGACUGAAGCUCUGUUUUUCUGUGUUCCAUGUUUAACUUUAGAUUGUAACAAGGUGCUGUAUAUUCUCUAAACUAUUCUAUUUUUACUGACAAGCAGUUCACAGUUGCUUUCUCUCUAUAUCUCUAUCUCUUUCUGUCUUUUGAAUAAAAGUUUUAAAAAU